CUUUUUUCUUCCCAAAUUUCUGUCGUUUCCAAAACCUUGUUGGCUGAAUUGAAAUGGAAAUCGAACGAUUUUAACUUCUGUUUCGAGUUUAAUGGUGAGCUGUAGUCGAAGAAAAUUGGAAGCAGAUGCAAGAAGGGAUGUGAUGAGUGAACUACCAGCAAAUGUGAAGGAAAUGAUUUUGGAGCGGUUGCCCACUCACGAAGCUGCCAGAACUUCUCUGCUCUCAACUCACUGGAAGGAUGCUUGGUUGCGCCUUGGGCAGCUUGUGUUUGAUAGCAACUUCUUUACGAGGGUCCGGAAAACCAAAGGUUAUAUUGAUGGUAAAGUACCUUUCGUUAAAAUAAUAACAUACAUUCUCUUGCAACGUGUUGGACCAGUUAAGAAAUUUACUAUAUGCAUUAAUUCCCUCAUCAUCUUUGAUGGUAAGCUUCAGCAGUCCGAUUUAGAUCAGUGGUAUCUUUUUCUAUCAAGAAAUGGCGUUGAGGAACUUCACAUCUCUCAUCACAAUCCUUGGGAACGUCAUUAUAAGCUGCCAUUUUGUAUAGUCUUGUGCCCGACAAUCAAGCAGCUGAGAUUCCAGAGUUUGGGUUUUGAUUGCCCAAUAUAUGCUCCUUCUAAUUUUCCCUGUUUCAGUUCAUUAGCUUUCAGGUCUGUUGUUUUUAAUCAUAAUGCUAAUGGAAUUGUGUCUACACUCCCUAAUCUUGAGAAGUUGGAUUUCCGUUAUUGUCAAGGGAUCUGUAAUUUUAAGAUCAAAGCUCCAAAACUUGAAAGCUUGUCUAUUACUAGUACUGAUACUGGUCCUAGUUUUGGGGUUGAAUCUAGAUGGUUUGCACCUCAUUUGAAAGCCAUUAAGGCUCUUUGCUUGGAGGCCAGCUUGUUGUUGUGGGAAGAAGAUGUUGAAGUAGCCUCCUUCCCAACUGCAAUAAAUCUGCAAGUAAUCAAACUGCAUUCGUUUGACUUUGCCAAUGAAAAGCAGCUCAUGGGUGUUUUGCAGUUGCUUCAAAAAUCUCCCAACCUAUGUGAACUGGACAUUAAAGCAGAAUGCUUGGAUGAUGACAUAGAAGCUUUUUCAAGACUUUUGAAGGAUCCAGACAGUUGCAUUAUUAAUCAGGAUCUAAAAAUGCUUAAAACAAUCAAGAUUGAACAGUUUUGUGGAUGCGCAAUUGAAAUGCUUUUUGUGAAAAUGUUGCUUUCAAAAUCCCCUAUACUAGAAAGAGUUAUUAUUAUGGAAUCUUAUUAUAUAAAUGAUGGCUACAUAGUGAUCAAGAUCCUAAGGGAGUUGUUGUGCUUCCCUCGUGCAUCUCCGAAGGCAAAAAUUGUCAUCAAGGGCAAAGUCUAUUUGUAAGGACUAGUCAGUUUAACCAUGAUUUUAGCCUUUUUGGAACCUACUUCACAUGGUGUGAUGUGGGUGCUUAUGCUUAGCCAAGUAUUUCUUAUGGCUUCAAUGCAAUGGUGUUUCCAUUUUGAUGA